UCUCAAGCUAUGAACAAGACCCAGUCUUCCAAGCAACAGAAUAACACGAAACGCGGUCUCUCUCUCUCUCGUACUUCAAUCAACGCAAAUCAAAACCACACUCACCUUACACGGCCCAAAUCUCCCGCUCCUAGCGACCUCUCCACUAGCACUACUCUGGUCAACCUCCCAGUCAUGGCUCAACGAUCCGCCAGUCCCGUCCAGAUGUCUCCCCGCUCCUCCUUCAGCAGUCUUUCCCGCUCCGACUCUCACUCUCGGAAGCACACCAGAAAGACAAGUAGCGACUACCGCCGCUACAACGGCACCGUGAACCACUACGGUCGUCACUCAAAUGACUGGCUGUUCGGAGGAUUCAGUCUGCGCGAUACCGUUCGUGGUGGCGUCGAGCGUCUCCGUCACCACGGCAGCCACGGAAACGAGGGCUGAGCGUGUGCUGUGCUAUCCUCAUCCCGAUCACGCGACACACAAAGUUCGACAUAUUCAAGAAAAGCUAAUAUUUCCUACAAACACUUGGCAUUGGGCUUUCAUCGACCAGUCGAAUCCAAGUUUCCGGAUGACAAUUGACAAUUGUACAUCUGCCCGCGUCAACACUGUUGAUACCUGACGCGACCAACGAUAGCAGUCCAAUGCACUGCAUGCGGCUCUUUUCCCGCUGUUUGGCCUCACUGGUCAAUAUCCACCACAGUCGCGUAUCCUGCAUAUACGGAUAUUUCCGAGGGCUGACAUGUGUUACAACCAUUUUCGGUCGUCAAAUAUUUCCUUUGUUAAUACGAUUGCAAGAUUAUGUAUCUAGUUGAUGGAUCUCUGUUCAUACAGAUUACGAAUUACGAGUUACUACUAUAUUUCUACAAUCGU